GACAAAAAUGAACAAUCUGUCACCAUUUUUCAUAAAUAUUUAUUUCCGAAUUUACAUUUUGAACUUCGAUCAACGCUUUAAUUCCUUUUACAGUUAUGUGCAUUAGUUUGAUAAGUUCAAUACGUAGAACAAUAGUGAUUUGUAGUUUCCCUAGAAUCAUGGCAUCGCGGCAAUCGAGUGACAUGCCAAAGUUUAAAGAAGCCUUAAAGUCGGCUAAAGAAGUUGUGAUCUUAUCUGGAGCCGGUAUUAGCGCGGAAUCUGGAAUACCAACGUUUCGGGGUGCUGGUGGUUUCUGGAGGAAAUACCAAGCUGCGAAUCUGGCCACCCCUGGGGCCUUUAGAACGAGUCCUAGUUUGGUAUGGGAGUUUUAUCACUACAGGAGAGAAGUUGCUGCUAAAGCUCAGCCUAAUCCCGGUCACAUAGCAAUUGCUCAAUAUGAAGCCAAGUACAGCAAAGACAAAACAAUAACUGUAAUCACACAAAAUGUGGAUGGGUUACAUGUUAGAGCUGGCACCAAGAAUUUAAUAGAACUCCAUGGAAAUCUGUACAAAACUAGAUGUACCAAAUGUAAGGAGGUUUUAGUCAAUAAUGAUAGUCCUAUCUGUGAGGCUUUAGAAGGAAAGGGUGCCCCAGAUGCAACAGUAGUAGGUUCUGAUAUCCCAGUGAAAUCUUUGCCACAUUGCAAAAAAACUGGCUGUGGUGGACUACUAAGGCCUCAUAUAGUUUGGUUUGGGGAGAAUUUGGACCCUGCUGUGAUGGAAAAAGCUCAAGCAGCAAUGGCCACCUGUGACAUAUGUCUAGUAGUUGGAACAUCAUCAGUGGUCUACCCAGCAGCCAUGUUUGCUCCCCAAGCGGCUGCCAGAGGUGCAGUUGUAGCAGAGUUUAACAUAGAGCCUACACCUGCUACAUCAGACUUCCAUUAUUAUUUUGAAGGACCUUGUGGUACAACUUUACCAGAAGCUUUGGCAGACUAGAGCUAGACAAAGUUU